AUGUCUCUAAGUGAUAUUGAUCAACAUAUUAGUAGUUUAAGAGAAGAAGAAAGAAAGAUUCAAGAUGUCUAUAAAAAACGUGCUCGAUUUCUUCAUCAAAAUGCGAUACUUCCAAUCAAUGAUGAUUUUCCCGAUUAUAUUCGAUAUUUUCUUCAUGAAGAACAGUUGAAACAGAGUGCAGGUGCUCGUAAUAACGAAGUCAUUAGCAAUCUCGAGAAAAUAAUGAGUGAUUUUAUAAAAAAUACAACUGAAAACCUACGAUCUGAAGAUAUAUUCACUUUGGUUGGUACUCCAUAUCGGCUACCUAUUAACGGAAAACAAAUUUGUGAGCAAGUUCAGGGAAUUGAAAUCAGCCAAGGAGAAUACAGUGCCAAACGUGAAGUUCUUAUUGAUUUACCAGUUAAAGCUGCUUCAUCAAAAGUAAUGCUUCAAUUGAAAGACAUCAUAUCCCAAAGAUAA